AACUAUACUACUACACAGCAAAAGCACAAACUCUUAAACAAACAAAAGAACAACAAGUCGACGAAUCGUCCCUUCUUUCACUCAACUCUAUGGCGUCCUGUCGUACGUGGACGCGAGCGGGAUGGUCCGGUACACUCACCAUACACCACCACUAUCACCAUACCACUACUGCACUCCACCACACGACGUCCAUAUCUCCCGCAUUCCACUCCGCUCACGCUCCAUACCCGCCGUGGGGUUUCCAGACUCGCCACUGCGCCGCCUUUGGCAAACACUGGAAGAAACAACCACCCGCACCGUCCAAAAAGCCCAAAGGACGACCCGGGAACCAAACGGCGCACGCCCCGACCCGACCCACUCCACGCGUUUCGGGACGUGCGCGCCAAGCACGUCUCCGCAAACCCCGGACCCCCUUUGGGAUACCCGAAGCGUCCGAUGCUGCCCACCCCAAUACUACCUCCGCUAGUAGUACCAGUACGACUCCGAAAACCGGGGUACCGCCCAUGUUUGCCUGGCCCACCGCGUCGCCCUACGUCUUUGUCACCCGCACGGCCGUCGUUACCGCCGGCGUCGAUCACACCCAACUCUUCCGCGAAGCCGCCGAACCGUCCUACGACCAACCGUCCUUAUUCCACAACGGACGUUUCGAAUACUUGUCUUCCGUCAGUGACGGAUCUUCCAAGAAACCCUUGCAACUCCCGCCCGACUCGGACGUGCCGGAAGUGGCCUUUCUCGGUCGUUCCAACGUCGGCAAGUCCAGUCUCAUCAAUGCACUCAUGCGCCGUGAUCUCGCCCGCAUUAGUAAACAACCCGGUCGGACCCAACAAGUCCACCUCUUUGGUAUCGUCCCCCGGGCCUACGAACCACACCACCACCCGCGCACCACCACGGCGCCGCCGCCCCGGACUACGCCGCCGCCGCUCGCGGCGUAUUCGUCGAUUUGCCCGGAGUCGUGGCAAGUACUCACGCAACGAUUCUUGCGGACGCGACGACGGGAUACCGGUAAUCUACGUCGACUCUUUCUGCUCGUCGACGCCCGACACGGCACGCAAACCAUCGAUCACUUCGUCAUGACCUGGUUGGAAGAUAACGAUAUUCCCUACACGGUCGUUUUGACCAAGGCGGAUUGUGUUGGUGCCCCGCAAAUUGUCCGGAUGGUCAACCAAAUUUGUUUGCGCUACGCCGCGGAAGUCGGUCACGCGGCCGACGGGGACGUGGCCCCCGCGGCUCUCUACAUGAGUCCCAUUGUACACGUCACCAGUGCCAAAGGAGGACGGGGACUCGCCGAAUUGCUCUCCACUAUCGAAAACGAGUUUCUCGUCCGCAACGAUACCGACGAGGACGAGGAAUUCAGUGACGACGAGGAUUCGUCAGUGGACGGAGACUCUAGUGACGAGGAUGAUGAUGAUGACGACGAGGACUCUAGUGACGAUGAUGAUUCUCAAUACAAUGGGGACUCUAGUGACAAUGAUAGUGAUGACGACAACAAAGACUCUAGUGACAAUGAUAGUGAUGACGACAAAAGGCCGGACGGUUCCGUAAGACCCCAUCAGCGAUAA